UUAAGAUUUUACCUUUCUUCUUUAUUUCUUUCUNUUUUGAAUUGGAUUACGCCAAAAACCGUAGAGAAAGAAUUCAAGGCCACAUAAAUCAGUGGCACAUAGAAGAGUUGAAAGAGAGCUCGUGUGUUUCUGUGAACUCACCUCUCUUCAUCUAUGAGGAGCCCCCGUGUUCUCUCAUUUAGCUAUUUUUUUCUGAAUUUCUUCUGCUUUUCCAUUGGAGCCUUUUGAGGUCAAUUUGGGUGGUGAUUGUUUUUUGGAAAUGGGGGAGCCGAGGGGGAGCACUAAUAGCCGGUGGAAUUGGGAGGUAGCGGGGUUCGAGCCCAGGAAAUCGGUGGAGCAGAGAGAAGAUUACAGGAAGCCAACGGUGGCGCCGCCGUCCACUGGGCGGCGGUACUCGAUGUCCAUUUCGUCGCAUUCUGAGCUCUCGAAGCACGCGGUUAACUCCAAGUUGUUGCGCUUGAAAGACAAAGUGAAGCUUGUCAGAGAAGAUUUUCUGCAGUUGAGGCAAGAAGCUAUAGAUCUUCAAGAUUAUUCAAGUGCAAAACUUGAUCGGGUGACACGAUACUUAGGUGCACUUGCUAAUAAGACUCGCAAGCUAGAUCAGGCUGCCCUGGAAGCAGAAGCUAGAAUUUCUCCACUGCUCUCUGAGAAGAAAAAGUUAUUUAAUGAUUUAUUGACGGCCAAAGGAAAUGUAAAGGUGUUUUGUCGUGCAAGGCCACUUUUUGAAGAUGAAGGUCCAUAUGUUGUUGAAUUUCCUGAUGAUUAUACAGUUCGCUUAAAUACUGGGGAUGAUAGUCUCUCCAAUCCCAAGAAGGAUUUUGAGUUCGACAGAGUUUAUGGACCUCAUAUUGGGCAAGCCAAUCUUUUUGCUGAUAUUCAGCCUUUUGUUCAGUCCGCUUUUGAUGGAUACAAUGUUUCUGUGUUUGCAUUUGGACAAACCUGCUCAGGGAAGACGCAUACUAUGGAAGGAUCUAGCCACGACCGUGGUUUAUAUGCUCGAUCUUUUGAAGAGCUUUUUGACUUAUCGAACUCGGAUGCUACUUCAGUUUGUCGUUACAGUUUCUCAGUUUCAGUCUUUGAGCUUUAUAAUGAGCAGAUAACAGAUUUGCUUUUGGAAUCUGGAAAUGCAGUAUCAAAGGUCUGUAUCGGGUCAUUCGAUUACACUGUGGAACUUGUGCAGGAAAAAGUUGAGAAUCCAAUAGAAUUUUCCAAAGUUCUCAAAGCAGCCUUCCAAAAUCGAGGAACUGAUGCCUUAAAGUUCAAAGUUUCUCAUCUGAUUGUCAUGAUACACAUAUACUAUAAGAACUUGAUUACUGGUGAGAACAUAUAUAGCAAGCUUUCUCUGGUGGAUUUAGCUGGAAGUGAGAGUAAAAGUGUGGAGGAAGAAACCGGUGAACGUGCAACAGUGUUGUUGCAUGUCCUAAAGUCUCUCUCUGCCUGGAUAGAUUUUGCUAGUUGGUUUGUUUUAUACAGCUUUUAUUGGAAUCUUACGGUGCAACAGACUGUUUGUUCAUUGUUACCCAUGCUGAUACUGUUGCACUUUGUGUCUUUGUAUUUAAAGUGGAGUUAUAUGCUUGUUAAAACGAGUGAGGACCAUAGAUUGGGCGAUGUUUUGGCAUCUGUGACCUCUGAGAAGGAUGAUAUUCCAUACGAAAACUCUGCACUUACAAAAGUUCUCGCAGACUCACUGGGUGGAAGCUCCAAAACGCUGGUGGUUGUUAACAUUUGCCCUAACAUGGCAAGCAUGUCUGAAACACUAUCAUCCCUUAAUUUUUCUGCUAGAGCCCGAAAUGCUAUGUUGAGCCUUGGGAAUCGAGAUACAAUCAAGAAAUGGAAAGAUGUUGCCAAUGAUGCACGAAAAGAAUUGCUUGAAAAGGAAAAGGAAAUUAGCGAUUUGAAGUUAGAAAGUAUGGGCUUAAAACAAGAUUUAAGGCAUGCCAACGACCAAUGUGUUUUACUCUUCAAUGAAGUUCAGAAAGCCUGGAAGGUUUCUUUCACAUUGCAGUCAGAUCUAAAGGCAGAGAAUAUAAUGCUUGCUGAUAAGCAUAAGAUAGAGAAGGAACAAAAUAUGCAAUUAAGAAAUCAAAUUGCUCAAUUAUUACAAUCGGAGCAAGAACAGAAACUGCUGAUAGAACAAAGAGAUUCAGCGAUUCAGAUGUUACAGGCCAAACUGAAGAGUGUUGAGUCACAACUAAACGAAGCUCUUUCGAGUCAGCCUAGAUCAUCAAAUAGCCCUGGAUCUCAGGCUGGAGAGCUUUCAAGCAACAAAGCCGGAAGUGAUGAUAUGGAUUCUGCUGCAGUUACCCGAAGACUUGAGGACGAACUCAAAAAACGGGAUGCACUCAUUGAGACUGAGCUUGUUAACUUCUUUCUCUUGUUGCUUUCUUCUUUCUGGCAGAGAAAUGAUAGCAUGAAUCCCAAAGUACGCCCUGGUGAUGUUUCAUCACCUUUAGCCUCAGUCAAGGCAGAGAACAGUGUUGCUUUGGUCAAAUCUGGUACUGAUAUUGUCAAGACGACCCCAGCUGGCGAAUAUCUUACUUCUGCCCUGAAUGAUUUUGACCCAGACCAAUAUGACAGUCUUGCUGCAAUAUCAGAUGGAGCAAACAAGCUUUUGAUGUUGGUUCUGGCUGCAGUCAUUAAGGCGGGUGCCUCAAGAGAACAUGAAAUACUUGCUGAAAUAAGAGAUGCUGUUUUUGCCUUUAUUCGUAAAAUGGAGCCAAAAAGGGUGAUGGAUACUAUGCUUGUUUCUCGUGUCAGGAUUCUCUACAUACGAUCCCUGCUUGCUCGUUCACCAGAGCUGCAAUCAAUUAAGGUUUCUCCUAUUGACCGCUUUCUAGAGAAACCUAAUAGCGGGCGCAGUAGAAGCUCUAGCCGUGGUAGCAGCCCAGGGAAAUCUCCUGUGCGCUAUGACAGCACAAGAAAUAUGCUGGUCGAGGAACAGAUUCAAGGCUUUAAAGUAAAUAUAAAGCCGGAAAAGAAGUCAAAAUUGUCAUCAGUAGUUCUAAAGAUACGUGGAAUUGAUCAGGAUACGUGGAGCAAGCUUAUAACAGGUGGAAAACUCAGGGAAAUAACCGAGGAUGCAAAAAGCUUUGCAAUUGGGAACAAGGCUCUUGCGGCUAUUUUUGUUCAUACGCCAGCUGGCGAGCUCCAGCGUCAAAUCCGAAAUUGGCUUGCGGACAACUUUGAUUUCCUCUCUGUUGCUGAUGACACAGUAGCUGGCUCGACUGGACAGCUGGAGCUUCUCUCGACUGCUAUAAUGGAUGGUUGGAUGGCCGGUCUAGGUGCCGCUCAACCACCUAAUACUGAUGCUCUCGGCCAGCUUUUGUCUGAAUAUGGCAGACGUGUUUAUACUUCUCAACUACAGCACUUAAAGGAUAUUGCAGGUACUUUGGCAGCUGAAGUUGCCGAAGACUCUGCACAAGUAGCUAAGCUACGUUCAGCUCUUGAAUCUGUCGACCACAAGAGAAGGAAGAUACUCCAUCAAAUGAAAAAUGACAUGGCGAUGUUGAGUUUGGAAGAUGGAGCCACACCCAUUAAAAAUCCUUCAACUGCCGCCGAGGAUUCAAGGCUGGCAUCAUUAAUUUCGCUUGAUGGCAUAUUGAAACAAACCAAGGAUGUAAUGAGGCAAACUUCUGCUAAUGUUCUGAGUAAGAGUAAGAAAAGGCAAAUGCUUGCAUCUCUAGAUGAACUCUCUGGGCAAAUGCCUUCUUUACUUGACGUAGAUCAUCCGUGCGCUCAGAGACAUAUUGCUGAAGCUCGUCAAGCGGUAGAGUCAACUCCCGAAGAAGACGACAAGCUUGUCGACCCAUCAAACAUCGCUCGACUUGCAAGCAGCAGCUCGGAAACUGACGUGGUGCAAUGGAAUGUUCUGCAAUUCAACACGGGGUCAACCACCCCAUUCAUCAUCAAGUGUGGGGCUAACUCGAGUUCCGAGCUCGUCAUAAAGGCUGAUGCUCGAGUGCAGGAGCCAAAGGGUGGGGAGAUUGUUCGGGUUGUUCCAAAACCGACUGUCCUAGAGAAUAUGAGCUUGGAAGAGAUCAAAGAGGUCUUCAAGAAUCUUCCGGAAGCUCUAAGCCUGCUGGCACUGGCCAGGACAGCUGACGGGACGCGGGCCCGGUAUUCGAGGUUGUACCGUACUCUGGCCAUGAAAGUGCCAGCCUUGAGGGAUUUAGUUGGGGAGCUCGAGAAAGGGGGAGUGCUCAAGGAUGUCAAGUCGUGAAACUGAGCGUGGACUAUUGUUUUGUCUGUGUUUGUAGUUGUGCUGGAGUAUGGAUAAA